UAGACAUCAGGUCAUCUCUGAGUCCAUUUCAGAACCGAGGGUACGAAUAUACAGAGGCCGGGUCGACUGGAACCAGAACCAUUUUUCUGGUAAAUCUGCAGGAGGCCAAACUUUUAGAUGGAAAAUCAAAUGAUGGAGGAAACAAGAACAUUUUGUUUGUUUCCAACAGGAAGUUAACAACUCACACCUUACUAAAAACUCAUGUUAAUAACAAAGCCAAGGCCUACUGUUGCUAAAUUAAGCAUAAAAACAAGCAAACAGAGAACCUUUGGGUUUUCCUGAAGAAACAGGAGAUUUCCAACCAACUGUGAGCUCAACAAAUCCAGCUGCUCAUCGCAGGUCAUUUAAACUGAAUAAUGGCUCAUUUGAAAUAUAUUCAAAUUUUUCAGAGGGUUUUUUGGGUCAAUAUCUUUAAGACAUAAUUAUCAAACUAGCAAGAGAAGAGAUUGAGGCUUGAAAUAUUCCCCUGUAUGUGGGAUAGAUUUGUAUAAUAUCUCAGUUUAAGUUACAUGAUUUAGAUUUUUAUAGCUGAACCUGUAGUUAAUCUACGUGUGGUUGUUUUUGUGUGGCCUCUGGAGUUCAUUUCCCGGGUGUUUUUCUAGUAAAAAUCAGGCAGGAAGUCUGACAUUUGGGAAUUACUGCUGUUAUUCUCUGAAAGCCAAAAUGGCGUCACGGCCCAGGCAGCACAUGUGGGCGGGAAAAUGUCGCUGCGCCUCUACUCGGCUCUUUUCGGCCAUCGUCGGAAAACAUGCGGAGCAGCAGUAGCAGCGAGCGACGUGGAGCGCGCAGCCGCCGGAGGAGCACCGCGACCUGGGAAAGAUUUCACCCAGUCUGCGGUCAGGGUGUCGGCGAGGGGAGCGGGCUGGAGGGUCGGGAACAGAAGAAUGAGAGAGGCUUCUACGCAGAGGGGCCGAAAACAUGAACGGGGCCGUUUACAUUUCGUUUUUCCAGGGCCAGCUGGAGUCCGUCCUGGAGCAGGUCGUUCAGCUCGCCGUCCAGGAAAUCAGCAAGUCGGUGGGCUCCAGCCUGAACGCCCUGCUGCUGGAGACGGCCGCGAAGGAGCAGGAAAACCGCCGGCUCCGCCUGCAGCUCCAGACCCGCGAAGGCCGAGGCUCGACCUCCCCGGAGGACGGAGGCUCCGCGGCGGGCGGUAGGAGCAGUAAGGCGGGCGACGAGCGGGGGGACGGAGGCAGGACAAAGCCCGAGCCACGCGGCGCCGGAGCGCGGGGGGGAGAACCCGCAGCGCCCGUGACGGCUGUGGACACCCGCCGCCUGGAGCAGAGAGGACGGGUCGUAGACCAGCUGAAGUCCGUCAUGGAGCAGGUCCUGGCCUUCGCGCUGCGUGAGCUCACCAAGAUCGUGGAGGCGUCGUUCGACGACCUGCUGCUGGAGAUCACCAAGAUGGAGGCGGAGCAGCAGCAGCUGGAGGACCAACUGGGGCGGAGCUCUGAGAGAGGGGGCGGGGACAAGCCCAGAGGGGGCAGGAGGCGGGGCUCCAUCAACGACUCGGUGUCGCCCAGCGGGUCCGAAGACACUCGGGAGGAACCGGCUGAGGAGUCCAAGGAGACGGUGCGGGCAGAUGACCCGGAGCCCCCCGCGGUUCCUCCUCCCGCCCAGGACUGGGUUCCCAUCCUGGACAAGGUGUUCGGUCAGAAGUGGUGCAGCGCCGUCUGGCCCAUCAAAGCUCAAGGUGGAGACAGUUGCCGUGGAGACGGGCCGGGGCCCAGCGAGGGCGGGGGUCACCACGACGACCUCGUCUCCUCCACCUCGGUGAUCCUGCAGCCCUCGCCCUCGUCCCCCCAGCAGGACCCCCGCUGGACGCCCCUGGAAGACAUGGAGGUGUUUUCUCCCGACGACGACGAAGCAGCCGACGGCCAGAGCAACGCCGCUGCCGCCGCACCCACCCCAGGGCCCACAUCCACCCCGGGGCCCCCGCUGAGCCCGUCAGGCCGGCGUUCCUCUGCCUCCAUGCUUCAUCGCCUCCUCACGCUGCCGUCUCAGCUGCUGGACGAAGACGACGAAGACGCCGCCGCCAAGGAGACGCUCAUCGCCCUGGCAACCAACGGCAGCAGCGACCAGCGGGACGACGCGGAGCCGACGGUCCGGGGCGAAGAGGACGAGGAGGAGGAAGAGGAAGAGGAGGAGGGGGACAAAGGGAGGAAGAAGAAGCGGCGGCGCGUUUGGUCGGAGUGCGAGGAGUGCGGCCGGCGGUUCAGCCGCAUGUCGCUGCUGAAGGCGCACCGCCAGACGCACGCCGCCGGCGACUCGGCCGCCGCCGACACGUCGUCGUCGCCGCCGGCUGGCGCCGCCUCGCCGCUGCACUGCUCCGAAUGCGGCAAGAGGUUCUCGUCCCACACCCGGCUGCACAGCCACGUCCGGACCCAGCAUCCCAACCAGUCCUGAGGCUUUUACUUUGAAAGGCAGCAGGAAGUGGGAUCAGCGAGGCCCAUUUACCUCGGAACCAGAGCAGAGUUCUGGUCGUGGAAACCGUAUCCGCCUGAUUCUGCAGCCAGAAGAAAAUUUUCAUGAACCUUUUUAGGGUUUAAAGCAGAAGAAUUUAACUAAGGGAACCAGAACCAGAACCAGAACCAGAGGUCCAGACCUGGGACGUCCGGUGCUGAGCUGCAGCUACCGUCAGGACAGCAGAACGGUUAGCCUGCGCCCAAUUUGACCAGAAUUUCUCUUUCUGACAAAGUAAGAAAAUAGAACGAGGUUCUGAGAACUUCCCGACCAGAACCAGAACCACUUGGACUUUGGGUUUUACAGGAAACCAGAGAGGAUCUCUGAUGUGCAGGACUCAGAACUUUAAUCCAUUUAGAGACCAUCUUGUUGAAUCUGAACCAACUGGACCCGGAGAACCGAGGCCCUCUUCUUCUUCUUCUUCUUCUUCUCCUUCUCGGUGUGUAAAUUAGUCCUCCAGGCUGACAGGAAGUGACCUCACGCCCUGAGGCUUCCCACCACCUGACGCUUUCUUUGGCUUCUCAUGUUGGAUCAGAACCGGGCUUUCUAAGUGCCACCGGACUCUUCCUGGUUACUCUCCUGGCCGGCGUCGUUCCCUGACCCCCGCUCUACUUUCUACUUCCUGUCGGCCAUGUUGCUUCAGAUGUUUACAGAGAGGAGCCGGUCGGUUGGCGGCGGCAUCAGAUCGUCACUGCCAGCAAGAUUUAAAGUCAAAACGAGCCGUUUGCUUUUCCCUCCCUGCUGAGCGGAAAAACAAAACGUCAGAGUAUUAAAAUAUAUAAAAUUAUGACAGAAAACUAAACAGUAAAUUAAUUAAACGUUUAGCACUUAAAUUAGAUGGUUGGUCAGAAAAGCUCUUAGUGUUUUAUAAGAUAUUACUAAAAAAUUAUGCUUAAAAUUAAAAUGUUCAUAUAUAAAAAAAUUUGUGCAAAAAAAACUAUUCAACCAUUUUAAGAUGCAAUAAAAUAUGAAAAUGUAAAUUUAAUUUACAUUUUUAUAUUUUCAUAAAAAAUGUUCAAAUUUAAUAUUUUUAAAAAUAUUGAUGCAAAAAUAAUUAAUUUGAUAAAUUAUGAAAAUAUUCAUACAAUUAUAAUGAAUGAAACAUUUUUAAAAAGAUAAAAAGCAAAUUUUAAUUAUUUAAAGAAUGAAGAUCAGAAAGAAAAAUCCUGAAAUUUACACUUUUAUUUUGAAAGCGAUUUGGAAUAAAAUGAUUGAUUUUAGUUCUUUUAAAUAUUGAAAUGAGAGACGUUGAGCUUCAUAUUAAUUUAUUGCUUUUAUUGGAGUUUUUGCCAUGACACAAAAAUCAUGAAUAUUUUACAUUUAACUAUAAUCUUUUAACAAAUUCUGAUUUUAUUUGUGAAGGCAGAAAAUGUCCUGAUCGCGACUCUUUUAUCCCUACGGUGAUUUUCCUGCCUAAAAUCACAGAUUUUCAAUUGUUUUUAUCUCGCAGGAUCAGCUGACAGAUUGAUCUCACGGUUCUCGGUUCUUCUCGUAAACAGACUCGUUUUUAUCUUUUCGUUUCUCGCCUCGUGAUGAACUCCUGGUUUCUAAUCGAAGAUGAAGGUCAGGAUCUGCAGAGCGUUUUGGGUUUGGUUUCUGCCAACCCGCCGUGUAAAAAAAAAAACAGAAAUUAAAAACCUUGUUGGGGUCGAUUUUACAAUUUAUUUCCACGUUUUUGCUUCGCUGACAUCCGAACUUCUGCGAACGCCGCGUGUUCGGUUGGACCGACUCGUUUGCACUCUCAGCCUCCACCGUGUUCACAUACCUCAUUUUUUACAAGUGUUUCUGUGUCCAAACAGACCCGAUUACCUCAGAUGUACAGCGCUGAUAUUUGGCUGCGUCGAAGUGGAUUUUCUUAGAGUUUUUUAAAGCGAAUCGUUUGUUGUUUCUGUUUGGGUGGGUGUCAGAAAAUCACACGAGAACCUGAAGCUGUUUGGUAAGAAACAAACAUUUAAAUGUUAGAAUCUGAGGGAAGACAAAUAUUUAUUCAUUUGCUCUUGGUAGAGAUUUAUUGACAGGAUUCGUCCAAAUAGAUUUUUAAAUCUGAAGGAAAAUAAGUAGAAAUGUAUGGAAGCUUAUAACUGCCAGUACUCGGAUAUAAAUUCAGAUAUAAAUCUUGUUUCUCCUUCUCAGUCCCAGCAGGUGUUUUACUGUUGCAACAUUUACUUAGAGGAAAAUAGUUAGAUUUUUAUCAGAUAGAAACCUAUAACGAGGUUUUUAAAUCAUGUUAAAGCAAAAGUUUUCUCCUUUCAAUGUAUUUUGUUAAAACAAACGUUUUAUUUCAACUUUAUCAAAUCUUUAGUCUUAAGGGAAAAAAGCAUUUAGAUUCAAAAAAAACAUUUUGAUGCAAAAAAAUUUUCUAAGGAAAGCAAAGUUCUUGUGAUUAAUUGUAAUUUUUAAUUUAUAGGUUGAUUUAUUUUUUAAAAUAUUUUAAAUCAAAUUAUUUUAGUUGCACUCACCUUCCAUACUUUAUUUUUGGUUUGUAAAUAAACUUAAAUAUCACAAAGAUUUUUCAUAUAAUUUUGGGAAUAAAAAUGUUAAACACUUUAAUUUGGGAAAAGAAGAAAAUCAUGUAAAAUGCCCCCAAAAAUAUGAAAUAAGUUGCUAAUUUUCACCAUGAACGAUUUCCUGAUGCGUUUCUUUUACCAAACAGCUUCAGUUCAGCGUUCUGAUCCGGUUUCGGAGGAGAACUGGAACCAGCUGAGUGUUACCUGGAGGUUACCUGGUGUCCUCCAACAGCCGCUGUGAUCAUGUGACCUCUUGAACCAAUCACUGCUCCUCCUGUCAUGUUUACAAAGCCAUGAGAGAGAAACGCACCCGUGUGGAAAUUAAAACAUCGUAGCGAUCUCUUACCCAGAUUGUUGUAAAAUCAAAAUAUUCCCAAUGUAAGCCAACAUUUAGGAACAUUUUAGCAUAAAGUUUGAUUGAUCUGAUGUAAUACUUCAGAGAUAAAGCAAUAAUUUAGGUAUCUGAACCAUUCAGUCAGUUUUAAAGUUUCCCCGGUUGAGCCGAUUUCCGGCGGGUGCGCGUCUCUCCGUCCGACGUUUCUACAGGAGGCUGGGCGCCGUGACGUCGGGUUCAUGUCGUCCUCUGAGACGCAUCCAGACGCCGUGAACGUGUACAUAACUCAGCUGUUUCUGUUUUAUUUGAAGAGAAAACCAUGUUACUGUUGACCCUCCGGCAGCGAGCGCCGAGGCGUCUCAAAAGGUCAGCUGAGCAGGAGCGGACAGACGGACGGACUCUCGAUCCUCCUGAUGUUCGAUGCAGGUGUGAGGGUGAAAGGGACAUUUUUAAAUAUCCUUAAUUAGAUUUUUUUUACAGAACUAUCUGUUUUUAUCAAUGCAGCCAAACGUGACUGAUGUUCAUAUUCUUAUGGAUUUCCUCGUUGUUUUUGUACUUCGGACAUCUUGUUUCUACUUCCUGUAUGAUGUCGAUGAACUGUUUGACAAAGAAAGUUCAUCCCUGUGUUUGUUUGGAUUUGAUGCAAUACUUUUAUAAAAUAUAGCGUGUUUUUUGUAAUUCUGAUGAAUCGAUGUAAACGUUUCUUCAGUCUGAACAUGAGUGAUGAAGAGCAUGAAGCCUUCAGCCUUCAUCAGAAGAAAUGCAGACCAAUCAUCAGUUUGUUUUAAUUCAUGCUCUGUCUGUUAUUUAACUGGUGAUGUGAUGACGAUGAAGGCCACGGUGGAGGUGUUUUGGUUUCGUUUCUAAUAUUUCUGACCUGUUUUAGUCGAUGAGACCGGGUACUUUUAAUGGAAAAACCUAAAUAAAUGUUCCCAACACA